CAAAGUCCAGCGACUCUUAAUGAGCGCACCUCAAACAGAGGUUGCUAGGGUUGUCUUCUGGAGCCAAAAACUGAGAUGAACAGAAUCAUUCUGAGUAUGGAGAAAAUCCUGUUGUGUGGGACUGAGGAGAUGGUGGAGCCAGGACAAGAUCUGUUGCUUGCUGCUUUGAGCGAGAGUGGAAUCAGUCCAAAUGAUCUAUUUGAUAUUGACUCUCCGGAUGUGGUUCUUGCAAACCCAGCACCAACUCCAGCUGUUCAGCAGUCAGUGCCACUUAGUGCGUUAGAACUAGGCUUGGAGACUGAGGCCACAGCUGCUGUGAAACAAGAACCAGAGACUGUAUCAACUCCAGCCUUGUUAAAUGUUCGGCAACCACCAUCCACCACAACCUUUGUGCUGAAUCAAAUAAAUCAGCUUCCAACUUUGGGGACUACAAUAGUGAUGACAAAAACAACACCUGUUACAACUACAAGGCAGACCAUCACCGUAGCAAAAAUCAUUCAGACCAGCACAACUACUCGACCCUCAGUUGCAGCACCAGCAGUACGCAAUGCCUUGACCACUGCACCUUCAAAGGACCAGAUUCAACUAAAAGAUCUCCUAAAGAAUAAUAGUCUUAAUGAACUCAUGAAAUUGAAGCCACCUCCUAAUAUUGCCCAACCAGUAGCAACAGCAGCAACCGAUCUGAGCAAUGGUGCAGUGAAGAAGGAGGCUUCCACAAAAGAGGUAGCAAGAAUAUGGAUAAACGAUAUUAAAAUGAGAAGCUUUUCACCUACAAUGAAAGUGCCAGCAGUAAAAGAGGAAGAGGAACCUGAGGAAGAAGAUGAAGAAGAAAUGGGCCAUGCAGAAACUUACGCUGAGUAUAUGCCAAUAAAAUUAAAAAUUGGUCUACGUCAUCCUGACCCAGUAGUGGAAACCAGCUCAUUAUCUAGUGUAACUCCUCCUGAUGUGUGGUACCAGACAUCAAUAUCAGAAGAAACAAUUGAUAGUGGCUGGUUGUCAGCUUUGCAACUUGAAGCAAUCACUUAUGCAGCCCAGCAACAUGAAACAUUCCUGCCCAAUGGAGACAGAGCUGGAUUCUUGAUAGGUGAUGGUGCUGGUGUAGGAAAAGGAAGGACCAUAGCUGGAAUAAUCUAUGAAAAUUACUUGUUAGGCAGAAAAAGAGCAGUCUGGUUCAGUGUCUCAAAUGAUCUGAAAUAUGAUGCUGAAAGAGAUCUGAGAGAUAUUGGAGCAAAAAACAUACUGGUGCAUUCAUUAAACAAGUUCAAGUAUGGGAAGAUUUCUUCCAAACAUAAUGGAAGUGUGAAGAAAGGUGUCAUCUUUGCUACCUAUUCUUCUCUGAUUGGUGAAAGUCAGUCUGGUGGCAAAUACAAAACCAGAUUAAAGCAGCUUCUUCACUGGUGUGGUGAAGACUUUGAUGGAGUUAUUGUUUUUGAUGAGUGUCAUAAAGCUAAGAAUCUGUGUCCUGUUGGUUCAUCAAAACCAACAAAAACAGGUCUGGCUGUAUUGGAACUUCAGAAUAAACUUCCCAAAGCCAGGGUUGUUUAUGCUAGUGCCACAGGUGCAUCUGAGCCAAGAAAUAUGGCAUACAUGAACCGUCUUGGAAUAUGGGGUGAAGGAACUCCAUUUAGGGAAUUCAGUGACUUUAUUCAGGCUGUCGAAAGAAGAGGUGUUGGUGCCAUGGAAAUAGUUGCUAUGGAUAUGAAGUUGAGAGGAAUGUACAUAGCACGACAGUUGAGUUUUUCAGGUGUCACUUUCAAAAUUGAUGAAGUUCUGCUUUCCCAGGAAUAUGUUAAAAUGUACAACAAAUCUGUGAAACUAUGGGUGAGUGCUAGAGAAAGAUUUCAACAAGCAGCUGACCUUAUUGAUGCAGAGCAACGAAUGAAAAAGUCCAUGUGGGGUCAGUUUUGGUCAGCUCAUCAGAGGUUUUUCAAGUACCUUUGCAUAGCAUCUAAAGUGAAGAGAGUGGUGCAGCUUGCUCGGGAGGAAAUCAAGAAUGGAAAAUGUGUUGUUAUUGGCUUACAGUCAACAGGAGAAGCAAGAACAUUAGAAGCUUUGGAGGAAGGUGGUGGUGAACUGAAUGACUUUGUUUCUACAGCAAAGGGAGUAUUCCAGUCUCUUAUUGAAAAGCACUUUCCAGCUCCUGACAGGAAGAAGCUGUUUAGCUUGUUGGGAAUUGACUUGACUGCUCAAAGUAAUAACAAUUCACCUAGAGACAGCCCUUGCAAGGAGAGCAAAAUAAAGAAGCGGAAAGGUGACGAAAUCAGCAGAGAAGCCAAAAAAGCUCGCAAAACAGGUGGCCUUGCAGGUAGCAGCUCUGAUGAGAGUGAAAGCGAGUCUGACGCUUCAGACAAUGAAGAAAGCGAUAAUGAGAGCUCCAAAUUUUUGAGUUCUGGAGAUGAUGAUGACUUCAACCCAUUCAGAGAUGAAUCCAGUGAAGAUGAUGAAGAUGAUCCCUGGUUAAUUAGAAAAGAGCAUAAAAAAAAUAAAGACAAGAAAAAGAAGAAAAGCAUAGACCCGGAUUCCAUUCAAAGUGCCUUACUAGCUUCUGGUCUCGGAUCAAAACGACCCAGCUGUUUUACUUCCACUGUUGGUACCACCACUUCUAGUACCAACACAUCAGCUAACAGUAACACAAACAGCAGCUUUGUAACAAGUCAGGAUGCGGUUGAAAGGGCCCAACAAAUGAAAAAAGAACUGCUUGAUAAACUGGAAAAGCUGGCUGAAGAUCUUCCUCCAAAUACACUGGAUGAGCUUAUAGAUGAACUGGGUGGUCCUGAAAACGUUGCAGAGAUGACAGGCCGCAAGGGGAGAGUUGUAAGCAAUGAUGAUGGCAGCAUAUCUUAUGAGUCAAGGUCUGAACUUGAUGUGCCUGUUGAAAUUCUGAACAUCACAGAAAAGCAGAGGUUCAUGGAUGGAGAUAAGAACAUUGCCAUCAUCUCAGAGGCUGCCAGCUCUGGAAUAUCACUGCAAGCAGACCGGAGAGCUAAGAAUCAGAGACGGAGAGUUCACAUGACCCUGGAGCUGCCAUGGAGUGCAGACAGAGCAAUACAGCAGUUUGGAAGAACCCAUAGAUCCAACCAAGUGACUGCUCCAGAGUAUGUGUUCCUAAUUUCUGAAUUGGCAGGAGAGCAAAGAUUUGCAUCUAUAGUUGCGAAAAGACUGGAGAGCUUGGGAGCUCUCACCCAUGGUGACAGACGGGCCACAGAAACCCGAGACCUUAGCAGAUUCAAUUUUGACAACAAGUAUGGCAGAAAUGCUUUAGAGAUCGUGAUGAAAUCCAUUGUGAACUUGGACUCUCCUAUGGUCUCACCUCCUCCUGAUUUUCCUGGAGACUUCUUCAAAGAUGUUCGUCAGGGAUUGAUUGGUGUAGGCUUGAUAAAUGUAGAAGACAGAUCUGGAAUACUAACGCUUGAUAAAGAUUAUAACAACAUAGGGAAAUUUCUGAAUAGAAUUCUUGGUAUGGAAGUACAUCAGCAGAAUGCUUUAUUCCAGUACUUUUCUGACACAUUAAAUGCAGUUAUUCAAAAUGCUAAAAAGAAUGGAAGAUAUGAUAUGGGCAUCUUAGAUUUGGGCUCUGGGGAUGAGAAAGUAAGGAAAGCAGACGUUAAGAAGUUUUUAACUCCUGGAUAUUCUACCUCUGGACAUGUAGAACUAUACACAAUCAGUGUAGAGAGAGGCAUGUCUUGGGACGAAGCGACUAAGAUCUGGGCAGAACAGACUGGUCCAGAUGAUGGAUUUUAUUUAUCACUGCAGAUAAGAAAUAACAAGAAAACUGCUAUUCUAGUAAAAGAAGUGAACCCUAAAAAGAAACUUUUUUUAGUAUACAGACCAAAUACUGGGAAACAACUCAAACUAGAAACAUGUGCAGACCUGAAAAAGAAAUAUAAGAAGGUACCUUCUGAGGAUGCUCUGCCACACUGGUUAGAGCAAUACAAUUCUUCGGCGGAUACCUGCACCCAUGCUUACUGGAGAGGCAACUGUAAGAAGGCAGGCUUGGGAUUAGUUUGUGAAGUAGGACUACGCUGUCGAACUUACUAUGUCUUGUGUGGUUCAGUAUUGAGCGUCUGGACAAAAGUAGAAGGUGUUCUAGCCUCUGUGAGUGGCACAAAUGUGAAAAUGCAAAUAGUUCGUCUAAGAACAGAGGAUGGGCAGAGGAUUGUGGGUUUGAUCAUUCCUGCAAAUUGUGUCUCACCCCUUGUAAACCUCCUGUCAACAUCAGACCAGUCUCAGCAGCUUGCAGUACAACAGCAGCAGAUAUGGCAGCAGCAUCACCCGCAAAGCAUCACCAAUUUCAACAAUGCAUAAGAGGAUAAACUACAGGUGGUGACUUUGGUGUUUGAGAAAAGGCUGUAAAAGCAUAUCACUUGCAUAAAAAUCAGGGACAGAUUCCAAAGAAAUAUAACUUUUUCAGUUCAGUUGUGUGCUCUCAAAUACUUUGGGAAUAAAGAGAUCUAAAAGGGUUGGUAGAACUGAAAGCCAGCAGUUGUUUAUGGUGGUGCAUCUGUCUUUCCUUAUGCUCUCUGUAGUGCUUCCUGUUUGCUUUUACUUUUGGCCUUUUAAGCUACAAACCACAGUUUGUUUGAAAAUGCUUGAAAAUCCCCAAGCAGGCUUUAUUUUUAUCUUGUCAUACAGUGCUCAGGGUUUAACGCAGUGCAUCAAUGCCAUUGCUGUGAGAGAUAUCCUUGAAUGCAUGUAUUGAGUAUAUAUAUAGAAAAUAUAUAUUGGGUUUUUCUCUUCAAUUUAUGAGUUUAUAAAAGCAUGAAACCUCGAGGUUGCACAUCAUGCAUUCAGGUUCCUUCCCAGUUUCUGUUUGACAGUGCAUGUCUUUGGAAACGGGCAUGGACAGGAUAAACACGAGACAGGACUUGGGAGAGAAACACAAUCUUAGUUGUACAGCAUUGGUUAUUGCAUUUUUAUAGUGUUUAUACCCAGGUGUUGCAUUUUUUUCUGAUUCUCUCCUGGAGGUUAUAUAUUUGAGUCUACAACAUGUUCUUUUUUUUUGUGAUAAACAUCUUAAAUUAAAAUUAGUUAAUUUUUAAUGUAUUAAUGGUAUUCCUAAUGUGUACUGCAAAGAUGGCUGGAUGCCUGUUUUCCUUAAACUGAAGCAUUUCCUUAAUCCGAAGUGGUUCUGGAAACUUAAGUGCAAAUUCACUUCCAUCUUGCAUACAAUCUUCUAUUUUUUACUUCAUUAAUGUAAUUUAAUUUGUCACUUGUAAGAUGAAACCUUACUUGAGCUGUAAAUUAGAGAAUGGGAAACACUUGAGGGUUCCGCUGUAUGUGCUGUUUCUGUUACCCAGUAACUUGAAUACUGUUUAAUAUGUUGUAAGACAUUGUAGAGUUUAUCUGGAGCUGUUUAAAAGAAAUUGUAAUGUACAAAUGUGAAUAGUCACUUAUCUAUAAUAUGGGUAAGUUUUGUUUUGCCUAUAAUAGUAGAUGUUUAUAAGAAAGUGAAGGACAAUGUUUGUCAUUUCUUGCUUGCACAGGUUGCACUAUUGAAAAAUUGAGAUUGUAUAAACCUGUCCAAAAAAACUACAAGAUAAUGAUCUUGUAGAUGUCAAAUAAAAGUUAUUGUACUAACAAGAAGUGGAGUCUUGUCUAGGCAAUCACCCUAUUCCAAAAGAACUAACAAGUCUGUACAAUUGGAAUCUGACAGGACUUGGCAUGUUCCAGUCUGCUUUAACCAGGCUUCUGUCUUGGCAGUCUAAAUAUCUCAGCUGAACUCACUAAUGAGGCAAGAAGUAAACUGUUUUUAAACCAUGAUGCAUAUUUUAAGGCUCACCUGACAGAGCAGCAACCCACUGCAGCAUGUCUGCAAACACUCAGCAAGCCAGACUCCAGUGUCAGAAAAAUCUUUUCCCUAAGUCAAGGGGCCAGAAGUUCCACAACUUCAGGAUGAACUGAGUUCCAUGAAUUAUUUAACACUGCCUGUACCAGCACCCAGUGCAACAGAGAGCACCUGUGCUGGGGAGGAAAGUCUGCCUGCUGUCCUCAGCUCCCAGGCUGAAAUGGCUGGAACUACAAGUCCAUAAUAAAUUGGCAUGCUCCUUACCUCUAGAGGUCCCUUCCAACCCAGGGCAUUCCAUCGUUCUGUGACUAUAAUGCCUGCUGUGUCUCUGUAAAGUCCUUGGGAUGCAGGCAGUAGGUGUGCUGGAGUUUUAAUCCUUGGAUAGUAAGGGAAAGCUUGCCUGAGUGCUGUGAUGCUAGUAAGAGCUGGUUAUGUCCUGGAAAACUGUAGACCAUAGACAGGGUGUGGGGGAGGAUGUUCGUGUGUUUCAUACUCACCAUUGGAUGUAUUUGACAUCCACUACAGGAGAAGUAAUGGGAUUUUGAGAAGUAUGUUGACAGAUGACUGCUGCAGCAGAUAGUGAACCAAAUGGCUAGUUACAGUGAGCUGUGUGGACUUCACUGUCCUUCUUUAAGUACUGGUGUAGAAACUUCUGCCAUCUGAGAUGGUAGCAUGGUAUUUUAGAUGUUAAUCCUCAGUGAGAUGGUUCUAGAAGUGGUAGGUUCACAAAUAGUGAUUUUUUUAUUAUUUUUUGUUUUAAACAAGUUAUUAUUUAAAUACACUUCAGUUACUAAGUGCUCUGCUCAGCUUCUUGUGCUACCUGUGGUUGUUGGGAUGAGCAAAUAAUUGGAUAUUCUCUGUAUUGAUACUUCCUUUUGGGAGUUCAUAGCUGGUGCUAUUGACUUGCCUCCUUAAACUUCCCAUGGACUAAUGUUCUCUGGAGGGGAAAAAUCCACAACAGUACUUAAAAGAUCCGUAAGAACUGUUCCUAUUCCAGAUGUCACUUCCCUCACUUGCUCUCCUUUUCCUGCUCUCUGCUACUUGCCACCAUCAAUGCCUUGGCUUUAUCUUUCAGCUACUAACAUGCCUAUAUCCACAGCUCCGGAGUGUUAGAACAUCUUCAAGGUUAACAUCAAAAAAAAAAAUCAGCCUUCAAGCUACAGAAACAUUUUUUUCUCUUGAAGAUUCUUUCUCAGUGGUUGGGGUGUGGUUUUUUGAUAGUAUUUUGUUCUGUGUAUGAGCUGCAAAUAAAACUUGGGGGAGACAAGGAAUAUAAAUAGCAGUGUGGAUGGGAUCAGGAGCAGCUCUGCAGUACCCUCUUGCAGCACUGCCCAGAAGACAAACAUCCUCACAGGGAGGAAAAAGGAGAGACCAACUGUCAUGUCAUAUAAAUUAACAGGCUGGGCAGGAAUGGUGUCUCUGUUUUUCCUGCUUGUGGGGCAUUGAUUUGCUUUGUACAAAUCACCACCUGAAAUGGAUAUAAAAUUUUUAAAGGAUGGAUGUCUGAGGGGCAAAGCAAAAUGUAAAGUGGUAGUAAUUUCUGUGCCUUGUGAGCUUUGGAAGCAUGCUGUAGAAGAGGAAGAUACAUAAUUAAGUUGAUUUGGGAAUUGAAGGAAUAAAAUUUGGGGGUUUUGUUUUUAAACUGUCCCUUGACAGCCAUGAAAUUUUGACUUGUUAACUAGUUUGAUACUUAAGAUCUGUCUGACAUAGUAAAUGCAAUUACAACCCACUAAAACCCCUCUGCACAGCAAGUUUUCAAUCUUGUUUUCCACUCGCUGUAUGGUCUGUUGGGAACACGCACCUCUUGUGAGGACUUUGGUUCCCCAAGGAUGCUGCUUGUCUAGUCAGUGUGUAGUAUUUCCUUUGUAAAUGAAGAAAGCUCUGCAACCUGUAAACGUUUGUCGAGUGAAUUAUCAAGGGGGUUUUGUAUUUUUCUUUCUGCGUUUGGAAUAAGCAUUCAGCUCCCAUCGCGGUCUGUACAUAUACAGAGAGAGUCUGUUUGUAUAUAGAGAUGUUAAAGGCUACUGAAUUAUUGAAUGUAAAUAACUCUUGUUUUCCUUUGUGUUGUUUUUUCGUUGGUUGUUUUUUUUUUCCUUCAUGACCUUCCCAAGAUGUAUUCCUAUUUUCUCACCCUGCCAAGUAGGCAGUUUGUGUGUACUUUGAAAUAUAUAUAGCAUAUAUAAACCUUC